UGUUGGCCUGCCAACCACCAUUCAUACAGAAGAAGUAGGUGGUGCCUGAUAAACACAGCUGUGUCUCUGUUGGGAAACCAUGUAGUUUAAUGUCCUCUAAAUAAAUGACUUCUUGUUGCAAGUCUUCUCCUGCUCCACAAACCCAUCAACAGAUGUUAGAGGAAUACCUAUGAAAUCCAGAGAGACUGUGAGCCUCCAGAAGAAGCUCUGGAUGCACAGCAAAUGCCACCUGAUACCACACUAACACGUCUCAGAACAAUGCAGAACAUUUCCAGCAAAGACCGAGCUCACCACUGCUCCGAGUGUGGAAAGAGUUUUAUUGACGGACGUAAUCUCCGAAGACACCGGCACAUUCACAUAGAGAAACCAUAUUGUUGCUUAGAGUGUGCAAAAUGUUUUACUGUACAGAGCAAUCUCCAAGUGCACCAGUGCAUUCACACGGGAGAGAAACCAUACCGAUGCUUAGAGUGUGGGAAGAGUUUUAAUCGAAAGACUCAUCUCCAGGUACACCAGCGCAUUCACACAGGAGAGAAACCGUAUCAGUGCUCUGAAUGUGGGAAGAGUUUUAAUCGAAAGAGUAAUCUCCAACUACACCAGCGCAUUCACACAGGAGAGAAGCCAUUUCAGUGCUCAGAAUGUGGGAAGUGCUUUACUGUAUAUGGGAAUCUUCAAGGGCACCAACGCAUUCACACGGGAGAGAAACCGUAUCCCUGCUCGGAAUGUGGGACAAGUUUUAAUCAAAAAAGCCAUCUCCGAGCACACCAGCGCAUUCACACUGGAGAGAAACCGUAUCAGUGCACAGAAUGUGGGAAGUGCUUUACUUCACGGAGUAAUCUCAAAGUGCACCGACACAUUCACACAGGAGAGAAGCCGUAUCAGUGUUUAGACUGUGGGAAGAGUUUUACUGUAAAGAGCGGCCUCCAAGUACACCAGCGCAUUCAUACAGGAGAGAAACCAUAUCGCUGUUUAGAGUGUGGAAUGAGUUUUACGCUGCGGAGCACUCUCCAGAGUCACCAGCGCAUUCACACAGGAGAGAAACCGUACUACUGCUCGGACUGUGGGAAGAGUUUUUCACAGAGUAGCCACAUCAUACGACACCAGCGCAUUCACACAGGAGAGAAACCGUAUCAGUGCUUAGAGUGUGGGAAGUGUUUUAGUUCACAGGGUAAUCUCCAAAGACACCAGCGCAUUCACACGGGAGUAAAACCAUUUUGCUGUUCAGAGUGUGGAAUGAAUUUUAAUCAAAAGAGUCAUCUCCAAGUACACCAGAGCAUUCACACAGGUGUGAAACCAUAUCAGUGCUCCGAGUGUGGAAAGAGCUUUACUGACAGAUGUAAUUUCCAAAGACACCAGCGCAUUCACACAGGGGAAAAACCUUAUUCCUGUUCAGAGUGCGGAAUGAGCUUCACUCUGCAGAGCAGUCUCCAAGAACACGAGCGCAUUCACACAGGAGAGAAACCGUUUCAGUGUUCAGAGUGUGGGAAAAACUUUAAUCGAAAGAGCAAUCUCCAAAUACAUCAGCGCAUUCACACAGGAGAGAAGCCGUAUUACUGUUCGGAGUGUGGAAUGAGUUUUACCGUGCAGAUUAAUCUCCAAAUACACCAGCGCGUUCACACAGGAGAGAAACCGUAUCAGUGCUCAGAGUGUGGGAAGAGUUUUUCACAUAACGGUGCCUUCAGAAAACACCAGCGCAUGCACAUGGUAAAGAAAGCUGGGCAGGGGUGGACGGAGUCAAACAUCUACUCUGGACUUCAACCUUUCAACCUCACAGAAGCAGAUCAGCCACCAAAGUGAAAAUACCAGCUGUUACGACCCCACAGGCAAAUCUGGGGGAUAAUGGGUUCGGUAACAUAUGAUUUAAAAUGUGACGCUUGGAGCACGAACCAGGAAAGAGCAAGACAUGAAUCGGUUUCUGCUUUUUUACCAUUUAAUGCACGCUAGGGUGUAGUACAAUCACUCUAGGAUCACAGAAAGUCCUCCAAAAAUAUGAUUACUUACACUAUUAACAAUAUUUACAAAAUGGCAAGUAUACUUGCUGCUUAAGAGAAUGAGAUUCUGGACCUGAACGGCACUAAAGGAAAGAAAUCAUUAAAACAAACAAACAAACAAAAAAACACUACCCUAGCAGCAAAACAAAACAUCUACACUGAUCUUACCUAUACCAAAACGUAAAUACAAGGGUUGGCGCCCGCCCCUUACCUAAGAUGUCUAUACAUUGGGCUGCUACGUGGUGUAAAAAUGUAUGAGCGUGUCUGUCUAGCCUGUCCAGAGCCCCAAGACAGCACAGCAGCAUAUGAGAGAGAAAACAGACAGAUGUAAAACAGCAAGGCAAUAAAGCAAUCGUGUUUUAACAACUCAAGGUACAAAAGCACAGGCUGACAUGGUCUAGCCAAAUCUCCAACUCAUGUGACAAAGCUAGCGCAGAUACACACAAAACUACAUGUGCCAAAAGAGUACAAAGCUUAUGUGUCUGCAUCUGUAACAACAAAGACCAGGAGCACAUUAAACAGCUUGGCGUACAGGGAGAACGCAGGCCUGUCGACAAGCUUUGCCUGGCUGGUUUUAAAGUUCAGGUCCCUCCUCCAGUGCCGGAAUUCUGCAUGAUGAUUGGUCGAUGUGAAAUGGUAGAUGUCGAGCCUCUAAUGACGACUGACACUACAACCAACCUAUAGCAGAGAUUGGAACCAAACGAGGGAGGAGACAUACGAGAGAGAGAGAAAAAGAAACAGAUAGAAACAGAGAGAAAAAGAGAAACACCGGCCAGACACCCCUUUAUCCAGCCCGGCCACGUAACACCAGCAGAGACUUAGUUCUACAAGGUUAUUUUUCUUCUGUCGGAUAGGUAGUGGGGAGUAGAGGUCUGCAGAGGUCUGUUUGUUCAGUCCUGUUACUGCAAGAUUUCAUCCCACUUCCAAAGAAAAUUGGAAUCAUUUGUCCGCUCCCGUCCGCAACCGAAGCAUUAUGUCCCACUCCCGCCCACGCAGUCUCGUCAAGGCGAAAUGACAUCCAAUAUCUGACAUAGUCUGUUCACAAAUACCUUAUCCUCUGAAAUAACACGGCUGUCGUGGUCAUCAGGCUGAAGGCUCUGCUGUCUCUGUAAGCUACGAGUUUGCAUGUUGUUCACAUGAUGAGCACUGGAAAAUUAGUCCUCUGUGGCAGGAGUGCAGAACUAUAGCUGGAAGCAUUUACGUUUAAUGGCGUUUUUUAAUGUGCACCAUCAGUAAUUUCAAAUGUCUUAAAACUAUGCCAAACAUGUUUUGUUUUGGAUAAAUUUGACAAUGACAAUUUGAUGUCAUGGUUGUAUUACUGAAGCAUUCUAAUCUAAGUCGUUGAUUGAUUUCUAAUAGUAUUGCUAGCUGUAAAAUAUUAAACUGAUAUUGGCUGGAUGGGUAAAGUACAGUAUUAUUGUAAUCACCCCAUUGUAAUACAGCACUGUUUUGAAGCAUAUAAACAGCUUUCUGGGGGAGCUGGUCAAGCUAAAGCACAGCUUCAACACAGUGGUGUUGUUUUCCAAAGCAUCUUAUUGUAAAGAUCACCAGGUGAUCUGAUCAACUGGUAGAGAGAAUGUUUAGUGUGAUGUGAUGCAGAGUCAUCCUUGUACCAAGAUACUUCUGGGAAAUCCAGCUAGAGUUAGUUUAACACAAUGGGCUUCGUAAAUUUGUUCUUGAAAAAGUCUACAUGAGAUUCAUGACGUGUUCUUAAACUGCAGAAUUGUUCACACCUUUGUGCUCUUGACUGUGUGUAGAUUCUGUUCUUAACCACGAACUAAUCCCAAAUAAGAAAUAUUGGCGAAUGUCAAUCUUAGUGAAAUCUGCGUAAUUUGGUUAAGAACAAAUGUCUUCUUAAGAAUGGUUGGUGAAUGAUGCCCAAUGUUACUAAGCCUCUCAAUGUAGCCACUCAAGCUGUUUAAUUUUGGGGUCUUUUUAUUCACACAUUCAGCAAACAUGUACUACAGACGUCAUGUAACUAAAAUCUGCUUACAAUUUACCAUGCUCAUGUUUGUUGGACUUUGUGUUUGACAGUCUUUUUUUUACUAAUCAUUUGUAUUUUGAGGCAUGUAUUGUUUUCAUAUUGUUUUGGUUCUGGGUGGAUUUAGUGUUUCUUCUUGAAAAAGACAAGUACGGGACCCCCUAGAUGUACAUUUUAAAAUUAAGUUCUGGACUCCAGAAGUGGCGUAACUGUCUGCGCUGCAAAAAAUGUUAACUUGGCAAGUGAAAUCAUCUUAAAUCCAGUUGACAUCUGAUAUUUCUCAUUUUGAGGUUGUUGUAAUAAGUUUAUAACAUUAUUUAAAGGACCCAUAUCCUACCUUUUUGUUUUGAGGUCCACUUGCAAAGGUUUUUGUGGGUUAAGCUACCCAACAGUCAUAUUUCUUGACCAUUUUCUAGCCUUGCUUUAUUCCCUAGUAUUAAACAGGCUGUAUUUACUCUCUUUAAGAUCUUGUUUUGUGCUUAAAAGGCCAGCACAAUAAACUUAAAAUAAUUAAAGUGGAGAAGGGGGGUGUUAUAUUAGUAACAAUAAAACAACUAAAUUAUACAAAACUGACCUUUUGUAUAGUAACAAAUAAAUGGCUUAGAUCACACUAGAGCCACCCAUUUCUGCAGAUUUUUAAUAGGUUAAUGCAUAGUUGCUGUUCUGUUAGCAUUCAUGGUGAGAGGCUGAGCUGGUAAACCUGAACACAAAACGCCAUCAUGGUGAGAAUAACAAAAACAUGUAAAAUGCAUCCAGACUUCACAUUUAACUAGAGUAUACUGUGACAUUUAAUAUUUCUAAUUUAUAGAUAUAAUUAUAUGUUAAUUAACAGCACCCAACAAAAGCGCCAAGAAUACUGGGAAGCACUGCCAGUAGGACUUAUCCAAAAAUUAACUGACAAGGUAACAAAUAAGGUGAAGAUUGACCUAAUUAACUAAUGAUUGUUACUAGAUUUGUAGUAGUAAUAUUAACAAAUUAGUAAAUAAAAAAAAGAUUAGUGCAGUUAUUGGUUUACAGUGUGUGGUACUGGAGCUAGAACUGAGUAUUUCUAUCUGCAUGUAAUUGGGGAAAGAGGUGAUCGUUUGGGAACCUAACAGGUCUUUGGCCUGACUGAGACAGACUCUUUCUGACAUCGUUAAGGGAAACACUAUCUUUGUUGACUGCUGUGUUGAGUAUUGUUUCGGGGCCAUACGAGUCUGUGUUAUAAUAGUUUUGAUGUGUAAUGAUGAAACAGAAAUUGUGUACAUAGAGUAUGUCUAAUAUAAUUUGAAUAAAGAUAUAACUGCUUUGACCAAUUCUAUAUUACGCAGGGAAAACACAUGUGGGUGUGCUCAUCCCCACCAUCUAUCUCGCACCCCCCCCCUCAUAUGUUUGUGUGCCCAUGAUAACCUGUUACAGAUUAUUGUUCUUUAUUUUUAUGCAUUCAUUAAAUUAUGUUCCCUUUUUAUGUUCCUGUAAUCCUGAAAAAUAUUUUUUUCUUAUAAAAAUGUAUAAUCCA